AUGGAAAAGAAUUUGGAGCUCUGCGACACAUGUCAAGAGAUCAAGCUCGAGGACUACCUCUUCGAAGCUAAUUAUCCCGGAACAGUAGAACUUGGUCCCUUCCAAGAUGUUGCCAAAAGAAAUCACUGCUCGCUGUGCAGACUCGUAAUCCAAGCACUCAACAAUCACUCACGGCAACAUUGGAAGAGCAGCAUCUACCCUGUUGAAGUUUGCUAUCUGGGCAGGUUUAAUGAAAAACCGAACCGGCCAGUCCUCGAGGUUUGGUUCAAUUCUACAUCCGAAACACUCCCAGAUGGCAUGUGGGGCUAUUCUACGACCCUGAGCCAGAUCCUUCUGCUGCACCAACAACCUGUGCACGAUGCGACUAAGGCAAGAGCAAGUGGUUGUGCCCAGCUCGUUGCCCUUAGCUAUGUCUGGGCAUCCUCUCCAAGUCUGAAAUCCACGAAGAAAAACAUACACCGUCUCCAAGAGGACGGGGCUGUGCGAGAACUGUGGGGUGAGCUACCACAGGCAAUUAAAGAUGCUAUCGAGCUCACCGACGCUCUGGGCGAGACAUAUUUGUGGGUAGAUGCGCUCUGUAUCAUCCAAGACGACAACCGCUCAAAGGCUGUGUAUAUAGCGCGCAUGAAUCAAAUCUACGGCAACGCACAUAUUACCCUCGUCACGCUGAAUGGACCAUCGGCCGAAUCGGCACUACUAGGAGUUGCCCACUCCCGCGUCCUCAUCCAGUCACCUAUUGAAAUCAAUGGUUUAAAUCUGGUUCCCAGGCUGCCGCAGCUUUCUACUGUUGAACAGUACUCUGCGUGGAGUUGCCGAGCUUGGACUUUUCAAGAAGGCCUCUUAUCCAGGCGUUGUCUGUAUUUCGCAGAACACCAGGUGUUCUGGCAAUGUCGCACCACUUACCAGUCAGAGGAUUGCCCAGAUGAUCAUGAUCAAGAUGCUUCGGAUUUUGUACGGGGGCGGAAGACCAAUGCUCUGCAACGAGAUACCCAAAACGACGUAAGAAGGCAAUUUGAUGUGUACGAAUCGCUCGUCAAGCAGUAUUCCCCCAGAUCCUUGACUUUCCCGACUGAUUCCUUGUCUGCUUUUACUGGGGUUCUUUCUGCCAUCGCAAGGUCAUUUAGCUGGAACUUUGUGAGCGCCUUGCCAGAACCCGCAUUCGACCUGGCAUUGCUUUGGAGACCGAUGUUCGGUGCUACUAUGCGACCCAGACCGUUGUCCGGUCAGAAGGCAGGUCCUAUGGUCUGCACAUCACCCACUUGGUGUUGGACGGCCUGGCACGGAGACCUUUUUUGGGAUCCCUGGCGUUUAGGUUCGUUUGCGGCUCGGAGAGUUAGUUUGAAGACAGAGGUCGCGAGCUUUUGGAUCCAAGAGUUUGGCAGACUGCGUCCCAUUCAGCGAGGACGAGCUCAUGAUUCUGAUGUCGAGAUUGCCGGUUACAAACCUGGCGAGCACACAACAGUCGGUUGCACACUGGUUUUUGAGGCCAAGACAAUCGAUACUGAGGCAUACGACAUCUCGACACCGCAGCUGGACCAGUGUGCCUUGUGGAACAGCGAGAUAGCUGGUGGCGGAUUGUCUAGCUAUUUCCGUAACAAUACGUCCCACUCCCUCUGGAUCUAUGAUGUUGCUAGUCAACAUUGUGGAACGUUCUCCAGCUUAGAGCUAGACGCGUGGCCAAAGCAGCGGAAGGACGGUUCUCGCCAUGACAUAGUCCUUCUUUCACGGAGUAGCCAAGACGAGGUAACUCAGGCAGCCAUUCCACACUUUGAAGACCAUCCUCCCUUGGAAUACCCGUCCGCCAGCGAGUAUUAUGAAGAGAUCUUUGACACACGUUACUACAGGUACAAGAGUGACUGGGCUCUCAAUGUUAUGUUGGUGCGGUGGGAGAAUGACUCGGCAGAGCGUGUGGCGGUUGGACAGAUGCAUGCUGACGCAUGGAAGGAAGCCCUUGAAAAGUCAAAGCUAAUUAUACUUGCAUAGGCUCGGCAAGCCAGGAGAAAAGAACCCAUCCGGGGGAGGCUCACGACUCGUAUUCAUAUCAGCCUUUUCCAUUGUUGAGACUUUUCUAGUUGCAAUUGUAGAACACUGGAAAGAAACACAGAAAUACAGAAUCGUUCCUUCGUAUGACCUCU